UAUUUCAAUAAAGUGCUCUGUGCAGGCCCCACCUCCAUCAAAUCAAGAAUCUCCACCGUACGAUAGAUCAUCAAAUCAGGGCUGUACUAUGUGUACUCAAAUUCCCGCGUUCCACGUGAAUAUUUCCCAUCUCCAUGCAUCCCAAUCGCCAUUGCAGGAGCAGCAGCGUUUCCAACUCCCACUCGCCUCUUUUUCACACGCGCCUUCACGCGCCGACACCUCCCCCCCCCAAAAUAAAAUCUCUCCCUCUUUUACAACCUCAAUCCUUUCUCACUCUCUGAAAAUCCCUUUUUCUUUUUGGUCUCCGAUGAAGAAGCUCUACCGGAAAAGAGGAACGGUCCAUCCAUCGCCGCCGAUCAUUUCCGACCACCUCUCGUUCCUCCCCACCGCCAUCCUCACCCUCGCGGCGGCGCUCUCACUUGAAGACCGGGAGGUUUUAGCCUACCUCAUCUCCUCCUGCUCCAACGAUUUCACCGCCGUCAACAACCGCUCCAACCACCGCGGCAAGGCGGCCCACCAGAAACCCCCGGCUGCCGCAAAAGGAGGUUCUGAUCACCCCCCUGCAUUCUCCUGCGAUUGUUUCCGAUGCUACACGAGCUACUGGGUUAGAUGGGAUUCCUCUCCGAAUCGGCAACUAAUACACGAAAUAAUCGACGCUUAUGAAGAGAAAUUGGCUGAGAGUAAAGCCGGGAAGAACAAUAAGAAAGAGAGGAAGAAGCGGAAUAGCGGACCGGUUUCAGGUCCGGGUGAGGGGAAAAGGUCGGAACCGGCGGCGGAGGAAGAAGAGUUGAGGGUGACGGAGAGGGAGGCGGCGGAAGGCGGGGAGGAGGAGACGGAGAAAGGGUCGGUGAGGAGGAUUGUGAGUUUCAUAGGGGAAAGAAUCUGGGGAAGUUGGAAUUAAGUGAUUGAAUUUCCAUUGAUGAUGAAUUUGGAGGUUUUUCUGUUUGUUAAUUAAUAAUUAGUUUGCAGUAAUUAUGGAGGAACUGAAGAAGAAGAAGAAAAGAAGGUGUUCACAUAAACUGAAUUAAGCUAUCCUCAUCUUGUUCUUUUGAUUCUGGUUCUGGUUCUUAGAUGUAUAUAGAAUCUUAAGUUUUGUAUGUACAAAUUUGUCAAUAUAUAUGUAUAGAAUCUUUAUUUAGAAUGUGUUUUGUUUGUAUUUAGUUC